GCUCCGUCAGUGCCGGAUAGUAGUAGGAGUAGGUCGGGGGUGUGCGAAGUGGAUGUGUGGUCACCUGUCAACGCUACCCCGCCCCGGGGAAGGGGAGUGACCAGUCUUCCCUCCCCCCAUUAUUUGGAAGGGGGAAGCCUUCUCUUGUAUAUACUUCCCUCGCCCCUCCUCCUCCGAUAAACUCCCUGACAAACAGCCCGGAAAGUGGUAUGUGGUAUCGGGAAACAUCACAGUAACGGAGAGAGCCUUCAGUUCAAGUACCGAUAGCGUGUGAGCUGGGCAGCCAGCGUGCGCUCUAGUACAUGCGGAGGGGAUUACUGGUUUGUGCUGCGUGCUGUGCUGGAAACUUUCUCGUCUAUAGGCAGCAGCAGCGGGACAGACGAGCCAAAGCGCAGUGCUAGUAACACGUGUGCUAGAGAGGGCUUUACCGCACGAAGGAGAUACAGGUGCAUGUUUGGAAUUGGAUACUGUAGUCAUUGAACUGCCUUGACCCCAGAGAUCUCACCCUACCCUUGCCAGCUACUGGUGCCCACCUCUAAGCAGUCCUCAGUCGGGAGCUGUGUGAUGCCGGGCGGCAGCCUGUUGCCGUUCAGUAGCGUUUCCCCGCUGGGGUCGGCCGGAGGAGGAGGGCUGGGUCCAGGCUGUUCCCCAGGGGGCGGGGUGUCGGGCCCCGGGCUGCUGUCUUUGGGCUCCGCGGGGAGGAAGCUGUCGGGGUUUCGACUGACAGAGAAGUUUGUGCUGUUACUGGUGUUCAGCGGAUUUAUCACUUUGUGCUUCGGGGCCAUCUUCUUCUUGCCGGACUCUUCCAAGCUGCUGAGCGGAGUUUUCUUCCAGCAGUCCCCGCCGCCUCCUCAGAGACCCUUGGCCGGACUCUUGGGGGAGGAAGAGGAAUCGAAUCUCGGGGGGCGCCUUGCCCGGAUUAGAAAGGAGCAUGAGAGGGCGCUAAGGGAGGCCAAGGAUACCCUGAACAGGGCACACGAGCACGAGGACAUCAAGAAGGACAUCCAACGGGAUAAGGAGCAGAUAAUGGUGCAGGGCAGGGUGACCGCCGGAGGGAAGUUACCCCCGCAUGUAUUUAAGCCGCCUGUAGGGGUAGUGGGCAAGGAGCCGUCCGACCCGGCUGUCAAGCAGAAGAGAGACACCAUCAAAGAGAUGAUGACAUUUUCCUGGGAUAAUUACAAGCAAUAUGCAUGGGGCAUGAAUGAACUAAAGCCCAUACAGAAACAAGGCCAUUCAAGCAAUUUGUUUGGGAAUAUACAAGGAGCAACAAUAGUAGAUGCGCUUGACACCUUGUAUAUAAUGGAAAUGAUGGAUGAAUUUAAAGAUGCUAAAGAAUGGGUUGAGAAGAAUCUAGUAUUCAAUGUGAAUGCUGAAGUUUCAGUCUUUGAAGUGAAUAUACGAUUUGUUGGUGGACUUUUGUCAGCCUACUAUAUCUCAGGGGAAGAGGUCUUCCGAAGGAAAGCUGUUGAACUUGGAGAGAAACUGCUACCUGCAUUUAAUACUCCAACUGGAAUUCCUUGGGCAUUAUUAAACAUUAAAAGUGGUAUUGGUCGUAACUGGCCAUGGGCUUCAGGAGGAAGCAGCAUUCUAGCUGAAUUUGGGACACUACACUUGGAAUUCAUGCAUCUAACUCGAGUAUCUGAAAACCCAGUUUUUGCUGAAAAGGUGAUGAAUAUACGAAAAGUGUUAAACAAACUGGAUAAACCUCAAGGAUUGUAUCCUAACUAUCUGAAUCCCAGCAGUGGGCAGUGGGGCCAACAUCACGUUUCUGUCGGAGGAUUAGGAGACAGCUUUUAUGAAUAUUUGCUGAAGGCAUGGCUCAUGUCAGACAAAACAGACGAAGAAGCCAAAAAGAUGUAUUAUGAAGCUGUUCAGGCAGUUGAGACUCAUCUGAUUCGCAAAUCCAGCAGUGGCCUAACCUACAUUGCUGAAUGGAAAGGAGGCUUGCUAGAGCACAAAAUGGGGCACCUUACUUGCUUUGCUGGUGGCAUGUUUGCACUUGGAGCUGAUGGAGCACCUGAAGAUAAAACUGGCCAUCAUAUAGAGCUUGCUGCAGAAAUUGCCCGUACCUGCCAUGAAUCCUAUGAUCGCACAAUGAUGAAACUGGGACCAGAAGCUUUUAGAUUUGAUGGUGGAGUUGAAGCUAUUGCUACAAGACAAAAUGAAAAAUACUAUAUCCUGCGACCAGAGGUCAUUGAAACGUAUCUGUACAUGUGGAGGUUCACUCACGAUCCAAAAUAUAGACAGUGGGGCUGGGAAGCAGUACAGGCACUGGAAAAAUACUGCAGAGUAGAAGGCGGAUAUUCUGGAGUAAGGGAUGUUUACUCGGCUCAUCCAAAUCACGAUGAUGUACAGCAAAGCUUUUACCUUGCAGAAACGCUCAAAUAUUUAUACUUGCUGUUUUCGGAUGAUGACCUACUUCCUCUAGAACAUUGGAUUUUCAACACUGAGGCCCACCCAUUGCCCAUUAUUGCUAAAAGUGACACAAUACAAAAUGUCAAAUCCAAAUAAAAAGCAACAAGGGAACUUUUUUCACGUAACUCGCUGCAUUCCACAAAUAAUAACUUUCCAGGAAUUUAGACAUUUUUAAUUCUUCAGUUUGAUCGUAUAUCAACUGUUUUGCAGUCUGUUUAUUUUACUGUUCUAAAUAUUUGGGUGAUCCUAGAGCCAUUCCUUUGUGAUGUAAUAAAUGACUGUGAAUCCGA